GCUUUAGCGCACGGUUGGUUGCAACGCGACAGCUCGCAGAGACGUUUUUUCCCUUAUUAUCACAGUGAGCUCUAACCUAUACGCUCCACAAUGGAGACUAAACCGAUCAUCACCUGCCUUAAAACCCUCCUCAUCGUAUACUCCUUCGUCUUUUGGAUAACAGGAGCCAUCCUGCUGGCAGUGGGAGUAUGGGGGAAGUUGAUGCUGGGUCCGUACAUCUCUCUGAUAGCCGACAACUCUACCAAUGCUCCGUACGUGCUCAUCGGCACCGGGACCGUCAUCAUCGUUUUCGGCCUGUUUGGAUGCUUCGCCACCUGCAGAGGAAGCCCAUGGAUGCUGAAGCUGUAUGCCAUGUUUCUCUCGCUCGUCUUCCUCGCUGAGUUAGUGGCUGGGAUCUCUGGAUUUGUGUUUCGCCAUGAGAUAAAGGGAACCUUUCACAGGACAUACACUGACGCGGUCCUGAACUACAACGCUGAGGAUGAGGCGAGCCGUGCUGUUGAUAACUUGCAGCACAAGCUGCGUUGCUGUGGAGUGUAUAACUACACCAGCUGGUUCGGCAGUGUGUAUUACCCAUCCAACGGCAUUCCUGCCAGCUGCUGCUUUAACUCUUCUGACUGCAACCCAGAAGACCUCCGCAAUACAACUCUAGCCCCGAGCAAGGUCUACCACCAGGGCUGCUACGAGCUGGUCACUUCAUUCAUGGAGACCAACAUGGCCAUUAUUGCAGGAGUGACGUUCGGGAUUGCCUUCUCACAGCUGAUUGGCAUGUUGCUGGCCUGCUGUCUGUCCAGGAUCAUCACAGCCAAUCAGUACGAGAUGGUUUAGCUGAUGUGACGUGGCAGGGAGAUGGAGAGAAGAAGAGAGAAAGAGCCUUGACACACGACGAGGGUAAAUUCCUGAAACACUAUCACACAUCUAAAUUGGAAUUUACCUGCCUCCGUCUCUCUGCCUGUGAUCUCAAUGUAAUAUCUCCAUGUAUCUUACUGUAAAGCACCAUUCCUCGACUCACUGCUGUUGCAUCAAAGCGUUCUGUACCACACAUCCCACCGCUGCUUGAUGUAGAAGUUGCUCAUUGGCACAUAUCUCGGAUCAGUACGGCCUACAACAAGAAGAUAGAACAGAGUCGUCAGAGUUGACGGCGGUGUUGGUCUCAGAUAGGCGAUUGGGUGAAACUUUGCUUCUCAGUUGGCUGCAGCAUGCCCCACCGACCGUCAUCAGAAGACCACUGCACAUCUUUGUACAGAAUGACAUUACUAAAGCUCGAAAGUAAUACUUUAUUAGAUAGGUUUAGUUUUGCAUUUGACUUUGCUAUUGCUCACCAUUGUAUAUUCCUAUAGUUGUGACUUUUUUGUGAACUGAUCAUGUGUACUGAGGAGGAUAUUUUAAGUUUAUAUGAAAAAUGAUGAAAGUCACAAAGGAGAGAAAAUUGAGAAUUCUUUUAGUAUUUUUACCUGUAGAUGAGGCACAAUAUGUUUUUGACCUGAUAAUUUAAUCAAAAAGCAGAUUAUGAUGUAGAUUUCAUCUUAAAUUUGUACUUUACUAAUGUUUCAAUUAAGGCUUUAGUCCAAACAUCCCUAGUAACUUAAAGCAACACCCUAAUCUACAGCUCCUACAUACUGUUUUUGAGGGGAAAGAAAUCUAUUUCCCAAGAAAAAUGAACAAUGUCAGUGGUCGAACAAAUCUGUUACAAUAUAGAUUGAAGGCUGGGUCACACCAGAAAGUGAUGCUAUAAUAUCUCUUACACAAACUUGACAAUAUGUCAGUUUAACAGUUAAACUGUUUAUUCAGAAGAUGGAGUCUCCUGUCUCAUAACUGUCUGUAAGACCAUUUUGUGGAGCAAUCUCUUCUCCGUCAAAGGGCGCGCAAAUAAAAAUGGAUGUUCCAACACAGCUAAUGUACAACAAUAGCUUCAGUGUUGGCACUCUCUUGUUCCCUUAAAGGUCAGUACUGGAAAUACAUCCGUCAAGACAACUUGUUAUUGGUCAACAGUGCAAAUUUGCUUGUCAAAGUUCAUCUCAGUGCUAACUUAGCCUUGAGUUCAUUAAAAUAAAUUGAUUUCCCCACGAAAUUCAGUUUUAAAUGCAUGUGUGACCCGGCCAUUCUAUGCCUCUAAAUCAAGCCAGUUGACACUUAAUUACCUUUAAGGAUGUAUGCUUCAAAUGAUGUACUUUGUAUGUAAUGAUGUACUUUGUAAGUGUCGUCUAAAGGCAAAAGUGUGUAUAGCUGUUUGGAACGGCCACACUUGAAGGAAGGAUGAAGAUAGAUAGAUAGAUAGAUAGAUAGAUAGAUAGAUAGAUAGAUAGAUAGAUAGAUAGAUAGAUAGAUAGAUAGAUGGAUAGAUAGAUAGAUAGAUAGAUAGAUAGAUAGAUAGAUAGAUAGAUAGAUAGAUAGAUAGAUAGAUAGAUAGAUAGAUAGAUAGAUAGAUAGAUUAAAAAAAAGAAUAGAAAAGAAUAGAGAAGCUUGGAUUACAACACACAUGGGGGGAGCGUGACUUCAUUCUCUGGUCAGGAUGCCAUACAGCACUUUUAAAUCCUGCCAAAUUUGACACCUCCACACACCUGGCCAGUUUGGGUGCAUCGUGUGGUCACUGGAUCCCGCUGGACAAUCCAACAAGCACUUCAUUUGAAGCAUACUGACACCUUAGUAAUUUUUCAGUACCUGACUUUCUGGUUUAUGUAAAAGUUAUUGAUUAAAUUACUAAAAUGUCAAGUUUAAACUGUGAGGAGCAAUUUAAGACCUGCUAAAAAUCUUGUUUUUGUCGACCUCUAGGGCUUCUCACCUUGUUGCAGUGAUGUAAAUCAGAGACUAUAUUUUAUUGCACAAAAUAUUUGGGUUUUAUCCUGAAAAAGUCAAGAUUCCUAUGAAGUUCUUUACACGGUAAUGGAAUAUUAAUAUUCCACUAAUAUUCUUGUUUGCAUGUAACCAUGCAUACGCCGAUUAAUGUGUUAUACAUGCACCUUCUUGAAAAGGUCACAGUUGCGAUAUUUGCACAUUUCCAAAAACCUGUUGAUAUCCAAGUCCUUUAUCAUUUUUUCCCUUCCGAUUCGAAUUGUGGGCUUUUCUUUUGGGCAUGCAUCUCAAUGCAGUCUUGCAAACCGGUGGCUAGUUGGUUUGUUAACAAAAAACAUUGGAAUGCAAAGAGCUGAUUGUAAACAAGCAGGAGGCUGUGUCUCUCAUACUGUGGUAAAAAGCCUUUAUGAAUGUGCUGCAAAAAUAUCCAAAGAAUGCUCCUAAAACCUGAAUAACGAAAACUUUCACAGCAUGAUUUGUGUGAUAUAUUAUGAAAAAAUAAACGUUAAGAUCACUGUUUCAAACACAUAAUUUGUGCAUUUCCAACAUGUUGUGAUUGUCACUUUUUACAAGCAUGUUUUAAACACAUAGUUAAUAUUGUGAAACUGUUAGGUUUAGGCACCAAAACCACUUUGCUAAGAUGAGUAAAAAGGAACAGGGAUAGGCUUAACUUAUCUCCUGACAUAACUUCCAAUAGUGGGACAGGAACACUGGUCCAUUAUUUCAAAAUCCUGUGUUUGUUUGGACAAUCCACCUCCCAUUCCACCCACCCGUGAAGGUACCUACAAAUGGCAAAAAUACUUAAGAAAUAACUAGGAACCAUUCAUGUGAACAGCCUGCAAUAUCGGAAAAGCCUACAUUUUAAAUAAGGCCCUUCAGAAUAUCGAAACCAAAUAUGAUAUGAAAAUGACCCCUACUACAUUCAGAAUAUGGGUAUUGUUCAGAAUAAUAGUGGAAUAUUAUGUGCAUGUAAACAUAGUCACUGUUGAGUGUGGUUAAAGCUGCAACAAAACAAGGAUUCUUGGUGUUGACAAGCUCUUAAUUCAGCAGAGGUCACUUAAACAGGGAUUUUCAGCCGGUUAGGGUCAUAUCAAAUCAUAUCCUGGUGGAAUAUAAUGCCCACUGUGUGUUAUAGUGAGAGAAGUCAACAUGACGGAUAUAAGCAGGACUCCAACAGUGUUGAUCUAGUAUUUACAGUAUUCUAUGUAGUGCAUAAUCACGCCACCAUCAUCAUCGCCAUCAUCGUCAUCACCUGUAGAUAUUUAUGGGAAAUGUAAUUUAUAUGAUGUAAUGUUUCUCAUUCUAAUAUACUAAUCAGUAUACAUGUUGUGUCGCAGUUUUGAUUCCGCACUUUGUGCUGUUAAUCUGUAUUUGUUUGAUAGUUUGUAGGAAACUCGCACUGGAAAAAAUUACUUGUGGCCAAUGUUUCGUUGACUGUAACGUGCAUUAUGUAGCUGUAUAUUUAUUAUGGUUUGGUUGGCAUUGAGUUUACAGUUUCACUAAGUGAUUUUCUAUCUCUCUUUCAGUGUGUGUGUGUGUGUGUGUGUGUGUGUGUGUGUGUGUGUGUGUGUGUGUGUGAGUGUGUAUGAUUUUAUUUGACUGUCUCUUUAACCUUAAUUGUGUAUUUUCCGUGUGUGUAUGUGUGUGUGUGUGUGUGUGUGAGAGAGAGAGAGAGAGAGAGAGAGAGAGAGAGAGAGAGAGAGAGUCUAGAUUUUGUGGAUCCUGCUGUAUUCAACUUUGGUCAGUAUUUGGUUGUGGCUUUUCAAACUUUAUUGCUUUUAAAGCUGUAUAUUUAUUUAGAGAAUGUAUGUUUUACAACACUCAAACUUUUUUUCCUUACCCAAACUGAUAUUGUCCUGUAAAUACUAAAUUGUAAUACCAUCCAGCUUACACAAGGGGUCACCAGACACUCAAAAAGAACUGCACCAUGCUGUCUACUAUUGACUAAGUCACCAUCAGUGGUCUUAUUAUCAAUAAAUAUACAGAAUAACA